AUGUCAGCGCAUCGUCAUGCUGGCACAUCUUUGAGCUCGUCUGUCCUCCCUGAAACAUCAGAUUCAUAUGUGCGUAGCACAUCUGAAACCUCAUUCAAAUCUUCUCCAGAGCCCGUGAAACUCGGGAAAUGCAAGCACAAGUCCGAUUCACCCUCAUCAAAACUCAGUAAACGGAAGCACAAACCUUCUGAUGAGGAAGAGGAGAAAGAGGAAAAGGGUGCUAUGACACCACACGAUCAAUGUCUGAACUUUGCUCGAUGGAUCCCUCGAGGGAUCAACAUGUUCUGCAUUCUCAAGGAUGUCUUCCGCAUCGCACCUCUAAUUGAGGAUGCACAUGCUCAAUCUGAUGAUGACUCUGAUGUGGAUGACAUGUACAACACUCUUCUGUCUAACAUAUCGAAGGACACACAGGACCAGAUCCUCCGAACCUACAAGAAGACUAUUGCUGGUGCACCUUAUCUCCAAGAAUUCAUGAAAGGUGAUCAAAAGAAGUCUGCUGAGCUACAGGAGAUUCUUGACGAUAUGCAAUAUUUGAUUGGACAGGUCACUAAAGCUAAACUUGAGGCUGGAACCAUCAACAUGGAUGCGCGAGCUUGGCCUGCACUGUUGUACAAGGCCGGAGCCACUGGAGUGGCUGGGGAGGCCUUUGACCUGACGAAUGUACAGGAUGGCCUUUUCGAAGGAUUUCUAGUUGAACGUGUUAUGAAACAUGUACUUACCAGUCCCUCGUCUGCACUCGCUGGAGACAACUUCCACAUCUCCAAUUCUUGCAAUGCUGUAAUCCACAGAAUGAUGAUAGUAGAAGCUGAAAAUAUUGCUUAUGCAGCUGCAUGCUCGGCAAUCACUUCUUGUGACAAAUGGACCACAGAGGACAGUAAAUUCUCGUAUCGAAAGUUUUAUUACAGGAUCAUCGACAUCAUUCGCAAUCUGCCAGACAAAGCAUGGGCAACAGCAACCCUACAACACUACAACCUAAAAUUAUUCAAAGACAAGGCUGGACGUGCUGCCGCCCUCUUGACCUCUGCAACCUCAGAUGCUGGAGACUUGGAUGAAGAUGAAGACAAUGUUGCAUUGAUGCGCAAACAGUUUGCUCUUCGGUCUGCAAAACUUGCAAGCACAGUAAAACCUGCUGCACCACCGCCUGCUCCAUCAAGUAUUGACUCGGAGGUGCUUCCUCCACGGCUGCAUACUCACAAGGACCCAGGCCCAUCAGCCUCAUCUUCUUCUACUCUGCAUUCCUCUUCACCUUCUCCCCUGGUUUCAAAGCCACAUCAGCCUGUGGCUAGCCAGGUGCAAGCCCCAUGCUCACCUGCAGCUGCUCCCUCCACUUCAAAGUUGCAUCCCAUUCACACAGCACCAUCCGAGGCAUCCACACCACUUCCCUGCAAGAAACAGAAGUUGACCCAACCAGAAAGCCCACUUACGGAAUCCGAAGCAGAGGAAGUUGAAACUCCAGUUCAAAAAUCGCCCCAAAAAGCUCAACCCAAGGCCAGUGGAAAGACCACUAAAUCCACUAGCGCACCAAAGAAGAGGAGGAUGAUCUGUAAUGAUUGUCCAUUGUCUCAUCAUCAACACUGA